AUUAGCCUCUGCGACCACAACCUCUCCUCGAGCUAGACCGCCAUGGCGGCCACCAUCACACGCUGGCAUCUUACUCUCUGCUACAACCUCGCCACAGUCGCCCUGCUCCUCGCGUUCCUCCACCCGCCGACCGCGGAGGCGCAGCCGCUGCCUUGGCAGCUGUGCAACGCCACCUCCGGCAACUACACGGAGGGGAGCACCUACCAGGCCAACGUGCGCGCGCUCGCCCGCACCCUCCCCGGCAACGCCUCCUCCUCCCCCGCGCUCUUCGCUACGGACGUCGCCGGCGCCGCGCCGGACAGGGUGUACGCCAUCGCGCUUUGCCGCGGUGACACCAACGCCUCCUCCUGCGCCAGCUGCGUCGCCAACGCCUUCCUGAACGCGCAGCAGCUCUGCGCGCUCAACAAGCGCGCCACCAUGUUCGACGACCCCUGCAUCCUCCGCUUCUCCGACCAGGACAUCCUCGCCAACGUCACCGACAACCGGGGGAUGUUCGUCGCCUGGAACUACAACAACGUCAGCGCGGCGAAGGCCGCGGCGUUCGACGCCGCCUCCGGCCGGCUCGUCAACGCCACCGCCGAGUACGCGGCGGCGGACCCCGUCAGGCGGUUCGGCACGGGGGAGAUGGGCUUCGACGACGCGACCUACCCCAGGAUCUUCUCGCUGGCGCAGUGCACGCCCGACAUGUCGGAGGCCGAUUGCCGGAGCUGCCUCGGCGACAUAAUCAGGAGGAUGACGCCCAAGUACUUCGCCGGAAAGCCGGGCGGCAGAGUCUUCGGCGUGCGGUGCAACUUCCGCUUUGAGUCGUAUUCGUUCUACUCUGGUAGGCCGCUGUUGCAGCUAUCGGGGCCGCCGCCGGCGCCGUCGCCGGCUAACGUGACGCCACCGGGAAACAGUGGAGGAAAGACAACACAUAGAACAGGACGGAUCUUGGCCAUUACUUUGCCUAUUGCUGGAGCAGUAUUAGCCCUGAUUGUCCUGACAUGCUUUUGUUUUUGGAGAAAGAGAACAACUGCAAGGAAGGCCUCAUCAGUGCCAUACUCAACUGAUCCAGAUGAUAUUAAAAGUAUCGACUCGCUACUUCUGGACCUAUCAACGAUACGGGCUGCAACAGAUAACUUUGCUGAAACAAAUAAGCUUGGAGAAGGAGGGUUCGGUGCGGUUUACAAGGGAGUUCUUCCUGAAGGUCGAGAAAUAGCAGUGAAAAGGCUCUCACAGCACUCCACACAAGGGAUAGAAGAGCUGAAAACUGAGCUAGUUUUAGUGGCCAAACUCCGGCACAAGAACCUUGUGAGCCUCGUCGGCGUUUGCUUGGAAGGAGAUGAGAAGCUGCUGGUGUACGAAUUCAUGCCAAAUAAGAGCCUCGACACCGUUCUCUUCGAUUCCGAGAGAAGCAAGGAUCUUGACUGGGUUAAGAGGCUCAAGAUCGUGAGCGGAGUCGCUCGAGGCUUGCAGUAUCUCCACGAAGACUCUCAGCUGAGGGUGGUUCAUCGGGACCUCAAAGCAAGCAACGUGCUGCUCGACUUGGACUACAACCCUAAGAUUUCAGACUUUGGGUUGGCGAAAUUGUUUGGUUGGGACCAAACGCAAGACGUCACCAGCCACAUUGCUGGAACAUAUGGAUACAUGGCGCCGGAAUACGCCAUGCGAGGGCAGUAUUCGGUCAAGUCGGACGCUUUCAGUUUUGGCGUUCUGAUCUUGGAGAUCGUCACGGGAAGGAGAAACAGCAGCUUCGCCAACUCGGAGCACUCGGUUGACAUCCUAAGUCUUGUCUGGGAGCACUGGACAAUGGGGACGAUCGAAGAGCUGCUGGAUCCGGCGGCGGGCGGUUGUUCAGCCAGCGAUCUUCUCAAGCUGAUCAACGUUGGGCUGCUGUGCGUCCAGGACAACCCUGCGGACAGGCCGGCGAUGUCGGCGGUGAACGUGAUGCUCAGCAGCAGCACGGUGUCCCUCCAGGCGCCGUCGAGGCCGACGUUCUGCAUCCAGGACAUGGACAGCGCCGACGUGGAUCUCUACUCGGGGUCGGGGUCGCGGGGCGCGUUUCAGUCCGCCGGCGACAGCAAGACGAAAACGGUAGCGUCGCCGAAUGAGGUGUCGCUCACGGAGCUGGAACCAAGAUGAGCGUCUAUCGGAGCGCUCGUGCCGUGGAUCGCAGCAUCUUUAUCAGUAACGAAAGCAUCAACUCAUGGGCUCUGCAAACUGCACUUUUAUCUAUACUAGAAAAAAUAUCCAUAAGUAAUGAAUAAGCGAUGGUGUUGAACUCACACAACGAUGGACGACGGAUGAUGAAAGCAUAGUAUAUAGAUAUAGAUAUACUUCUCUAAUUUCAGUAGUCCGUAAUUAAAGUAGUCUAUAAUUAAAAGAAGAGUAAGAAAAGGAGCAAGAUUUCUUGGUGAAAUUUCUUAUACCUUGCUGACUUUGCGGACCUUAAGGUAGGCUCUCUUAAGCACGAAGAUCGUAUUGGGCCGCCUCUUCCUGUCCACAGGCCGCGACACUACAAAUAACCCAUCCGCCACCCCGGCCUUCAUCCUUCCCCUUCCCCUUCUCCUCCUCCUCCGGUGGCGACAACUGU